GAUGUCACCGCCUCUGGGCUCCUGGACUGGCAUAGACUCUGUUAAUGGUUCAUUCGCUCGGGGAUAAGAGGCUGGAGCAGCCCCUGAAGGAGAGACAGGCAGGGACCUCGCAGCUCCACAGACAUCCAGGAACUGCUCCUCCCCCGGCACGGAGUCACCCCAGGUGCCCCUCGCACUGUCCUGCUGGAAGCUCCGAAGGUCCAUCCCGGCCAGCGAUGCUGAUCUUGAGCUGUUCCUCCAAGCUGCGGCUGCUGGAGGGGAUGCUUCGGCAGGGCCUGCCUGACACGCUACCGGUCUACGGCACUGUGAUGCAUGUGAACCGCGGGAACCUGGCCGGGCAGGAGGUGCUGGUGGAUUCGUGGCCAGAGUUCAAAAUCGUCCUCACCCGGCCAAACAGAGAAGUGGCAUGGGACCCAAGUGAUUUUGGCACCAACUUGUACACGGCCUUCUACCGGGAUGAGGGCGCCUGCCGGGCCCUGCUGGGGAACAGCCGUGCCGUGGACUGGGGCCAGGCCUUCCAGAUACAGGGGUUGCAGGAUGGGGUAUACGAGACCAUCAGGGACAUUGCCAGGGCCAGGGGGCUUGAGAUGGAGAUGUAUCCGUACCGGCCGCUGCUGCACCCAGACCCGCCUGCCAUGCCCCAGUACCGGCCUGACAAGGGGCUCAGGCUGGCCCCUGUGUCCCCCGCCCAUGCCAUGCUACUCAGCGACGCCUGGAUGUUUGGGGGGAACAGCUGGAGCCUGCGCUAUCUGUGCCUCCUGAUCCGCCACUUCCCCAACGCCUGCCUGCUGGCCCCUGAGGGGCCCCCAAUCUCCUGGUCCCUCACCGACCCGCUGGCUGCCCUGAUGCACGGUUACACGCUCCCGGAGCAUCGCGGCCAGCGCCACAUAGGGUCCGUGGUGGGGAUACUGGCGGCACAGUUGCAUGCCCGCGGCUUCCCUGUGUACACCAGGGUACUGCCCCACAACGAGCCUUCACUGCACCACCUGCAAGGCCUCGGCUUCCGCAUCCUGCCUGGGGUGUUCUACCAGCUGGUGGUGAGGCCUGGGUUCGCCCAGUCCCUGCCAGCCAGUGCCCUGGACUUGGCCCAGGACGCUGCGCCCAGCUCUGGGGGACGGCCAUGCUCUGACAGCCCGUAGCACUGGGGGAGGGGACGGGGACAUGGCCCAGCCACUUCCAGGGACCUAUUACUCUGUCGCCCCCCUGAAGGGGACACACUGACCAGCCACCGGGGAGCUCAGCCGGCAGCCCUUGGGAAGCCAGGGCCUGGUAUAGGAGACUAGCUCGUGGGCCAUUAUCCCCUGGAGCAGGGUGGAGGCUCAGCAGGGGGCGCUCUCCCCUGGUAGUCAGUGCUGGCUCCAGAGAGCAGGGUGAGGGCUCAGCAGGGGGCGCUCUCCGCUCAGGGUGCCGCCCCUGUACCCCGU